CUAGCACGCGACCGCGCACUCCGAUGAUACCUCCAGAGCAAAGAUGGCAGCGCCGGCGAAGGGCAUGUGGUAUUCCCUGGGACCAUUGCUGCGGGUGGUCCAGACUCGGGACCUCGACGCUCGGCGCUGGGUCCGGGCGCUGCGGCGAAGCCCGGUGAGAGUGUUGUUUCCCUCGGGACAGGUGGAGGAACGGAAGCGUGCUCCUGAUAAGCAGCCCCGCAAGGCGGUCCCUGAGGCCAGUUCCCAGGGACAGCAACAGAAACAACCUCUUGAGACAUCCCCAUCCCAGACCCCUCACACCUGGGAAGAGGCAGGGCUUCGCUACGAUAAGGCCUGUCCCGGGGACAGGAGGCUAAGCAGUGUGAUGACAAUAGUUAAGUCCAGGCCUUUUCGGGAAAAGCAAGGGAAGAUCCUACUGGAAGGUCGCAGGCUGAUUGCAGAUGCUCUCAAGGCUGGAGCUGUGCCAAAAAUGUUCUUUUUUAGCCGACUGGAGUACAUCAAGGAGUUGCCAGUAGAUAAGCUGAAAGGUGUCAGCCUCAUUAAGGUGAAAUUUGAGGAUAUCAAGGAUUGGUCGGACCUGGUAACGCCACAAGGAAUAAUGGGGAUUUUUGCCAAACCUGACCCUGUUAAGAUGACGUAUCCAGAGACUCAGCUUCACCAUUCACUGCCCUUACUGUUGAUUUGUGACAAUCUCCGUGACCCUGGGAACCUGGGGACAAUCCUGAGAUCUGCAGCUGGAGCAGGCUGCAGUAAAGUCUUACUCACCAAAGGAGUGACUUCUGGCUCUGGUGGACUGCACCCUGGAACUGUGAAUUGUAAAAUGAACUCUCCAGUAAGUUGCUUGGUCAGUGUUUUCUCAGAGCAACAGGAAUGAAACCAAGACACUUCCUCUUUUCACCAUAAGGUACGUGGAGAACACCCUUAUGUUUUGAUUCCCCUGCAGCAGAGUUCGCAGCCACAGAGCAGAACCACUAUAUAAUUCCAUAUACAGCCUUCUGUGCCUGGAAAGUUUGCCACAUAUGCUCAUAGGCCCAGCAGUCACAGGCUGGAGAGGUGACCUAGCAGUUGAGAGCACUGACUGCUCUUCCAGUUCAAUUCCCAGCACACUCAUGGUGGCUCACAACCAUCUGUAAUGGGAUCUGAUCCCUCUUCUGGGGUGUCUGAAGACAGUGUACUCAUGUACAUAAAUAAAUAAGUCUUUUUAAAAAAUGAUGGAAUCACAGUGAACAGUGGUCCCCUAGGAAGUCCCCUAGGCAGCCUGCUCGGAGGCAUUGUCAACAAGGGAUGUAGAUGAAGUAACCCCUUUUAUAACCAUUGUGGGACAAACUUUGUAAGGUCUUGGUGGCAUCAGGGCUCUCAGGUCAGCUAUGGGCUGUACAAGACAGUGGGUGUGGAGAGGACACUCUUGAACCUCUGCAGAACCUCGCCACCCUGGCUUUUGCACCUCAUUGGUGUUCUGAUGCUAUGAAGCAGGCACAGGUUUGCCCAGGCUAGCAGAAGAAAUGUCUCUGUUCAGAAUGUGACCACUUCAGUAUGUGGCACCAGAUGCUAGCUUACACCACUUUCUGUUAACUCUGCGUGCAGCGUUUUGACAUGCGUGUCCACACGUGCCCAUGUUCUCUCCUUGCUCCCUUUAAAAAUACCAUUGCAAGUCCCACAGACCUGUGCCCAAGCCAUAUUCCUCUGUCUCCUUGCUGGAUUCAGUUUGCUGCCAUAAGCAUGGGAGCAGGAGGGGGAACAGCUUUUUAGUGUCUUUAAUUAGGCAACAGGAUAAAACAAAGUCUGGUGGGAAAUUACCACUUGAAGCUUGCCAAAAAAGCAGUGCUGGCUCCGUAUGCUGGAGUGAGUGAAGGCCAUUGGUUUUAAGAACACAUGGUGGGCAGGACAGAGCAGCAACCACCUGACUCUGAUAGGAAGCUGCUCCCAUCUGCCCAUUUCCAUCAUUAGCCCAACAGAUGUCCGUUUCCUUGUAUGGCUUUAUUACUUUUGAUAUUUUGAGACAGUGUUGCCAUGAAGCCCAGGCUGGCUUUGAACCUAUGACCCUCCUUCCUCCCUCCCUAGUGUAGGAUUCCAGACUAUCCUUUGAUCUUUUGUGUGGAGGCCGGUGGAAAAAAAAUCUUAUCUUGCUGGGCACUGUAGCUUGUAGCUUAUGCCUCUAGUCCCAAUACUUAGGAGCCUGAAGCAGGAAUUUGAGGCCAGCUACGCAGUGGCUUUCUAGGCUAGCCUAGGCUGCAGAGUAAGACUUGGUCUCAAAAAAUUUAAAGAAGUGCAUCUCUAUUGUGGGAAUGGGGUCUGGAGGUCAUUUUGAACACAAACCUGGGGAUUCUACAGUGGCAUUUUUAUAGCUACCUUCCCACGUCGAUCUGCAGGGCACGGUGUUUCCCAUGCUGCUGCCGGAAGCCUGUGGAUAUGUCACAGCUGGCGUUUUAGCCUGUUUCCAAUUAGCGAGGAGAAUUGGACGGUAUCUUGGAGCUGCUUGGUGGGAGCUAGCACACCACCCACUUGGUCUGCUGCAGUAACCUUUAGGGAUUGUUCGCUGGUUCGUAGGAAAGACCCUUCCGAGGCACGUUUUCCAACUGUAGCAGCUGUACAGGGUCCUGACUAACCCACACAUCCACUCUAAAAGGUGCAUCCAUCUGACAGGAGAGUCAGCCCAGGGCAGGCCACUGAGAUAUGACAUGGAUCCAAUCCUGCACCUCUGGACUGGCUCCCCGCCACACCGCUCCAAGGUAGCUAGCUGCCAAGAGGGACACCAUCCUUUCCUUCAAAGCAAUCACACACAGGGCACAGACAGAAACCUAGUCAUUUUUCAAGGGAGGGAGUUCAUCUUGGUCCUUUUUCCCCCUCUCAGGGACACUGACAAAAUAGUCCCUAACCCUAGGACAGCUAGGCUUGGAUAUCCCAUUCCUUGCCCUACUCUUUGAAGUGAGGUCAUGGUGAUUCUAAUGUCUCCUUGUGGAGGCGACAGUGCUCAGCUUCCCAGUAAACAAGGUCAUUGCAAAAUUCACAAGGUCUUCAGUCUAAGGACUGAGCCUCUAAUGAGCUUCCUACCUCCUGAAAACCAAGAGAAAUAGAUGGCCAUGUGUGCUGUGUGCUAUGCGCCUGCGUGCGUGCGUGUGUUUGUGUGUGUGUUUUGAACUCAGGGCCUUGUGUCCCCUACAACCAAACUCUGUUCCCAGUCUCAGUUAGAUUCUUGGAGGUCCUAGAACAUUCUUCCCUCCCCAUCCCAAAUAGAGCACUAAAGGGAAAAGGACUCAUCACUGAGGACAGGAAGACCCAAGCAAAGGGUGAGGUCCGAGAGGCCUGCUUUUUCUGUUUUAUUUCUUUCUAGGUGAUUGCACUUCAGGCUGGCAACACCCAAUAGAGUGAUUACCAACUAAUUUUGUUCCUCUGAACUACAAGCCAACAAUCCGAUUCAGCAAGGAGCAGCAGUGUCGAUAGCUUGUUGGGGGCUUGAGGGGACAACUGGGCUUUGCAAAAUAAAUGGUUUGGGCUUGUAAAGUGUUGGGUGGAACUGAGGGUGAGGCCCAGAUGCUUUGAAGUCCCUGACACCAGACUGUGACAGAUUUAAGUCCUGGGAAUCCCUAAACCAAAGCCCAGACCCUAAGAGCAUGGCUGGUGUUUCCAUUGUCAGUUCAGCUACGUGGGCCAAGCAAAGGAGGUCAGGGCCAACUCCGGUUGUCAUGCCCAGUGCCCUCCCUGCUCUCUGAAGCACAGCCCAUUUUACAGGCUCAUCGCCUUUUGGAUCCAGUUUGAAAAGAAAACGGAACUCGAGACUGCAGGUGCCUCUGGCAUAGAACUGGCCCACAGAGAAGCCCCCAGCAGCUAGGCAACACUUGUGUGGGGACUCAGGGUUGAGUCUUGGGAAGGUGUCCAAGGGGAGAAUUCAUUACUAAAAUUCCAGGACAGUGGGAGGUUUUUGUAUGGGUAGAAACCUGGGGAUGGCCAAGAGUAAGGGAGAAAGAUAAGAUGAAGUAACUAAUCACACAGUAAGCGUUCUAUGAACUGUUAGCUUGGCUAUUCAUUUUCCCACCAAAACAAACACCCACAGUUUCCUUAUAGAUUUGGAGGUCCCCCGCCCAAGAACCCACUGAUGCGCUGGUUUUCCCUUAGACCAAGAAAGAUUAUGUCCUUACAAAGCAGUCGCCGACAGCUCUCAGCUGAUGUCUGCUGAGGCCAUGGCCCUUCUGUAACUCCCACAGGUACGGGUGUCACGGGAGAGUUCCCUCUGGCUUAGGGUUGUGUGUACUGAUCCCAGAGUCAGAGUAGGGCCUCAAUCCAUUGUCCUCACUUGCUCUCUCUGCAGAAGACCCUGGAAGGUCCUCCACCAGGAGCCAGGAGAGGUGGCAGUCUUGGUGCUAGCUGGUCAUGCCAUCCUCACGGAUCCCAAGCCGUCUCCAAACACGGUGGGAUCUGCUGCCACCGUGAGGAUGUGCACCCUUGGGUGCUAGCUGAGUUGUUAGUGCAGAAACAAGGCACCACAGAGGUUGGACACUUGGGUUGUGUGAUUCAGGACACGCUGGAAAAGUCCAAGGGCAGAGGGGAGGAAAGGGAGAAGACUGUGUUAAAUACUGUCUCAGGAGGCCAGAGCCCACUAGAUGGGCUCUGGUUUGAGCUUUUCUGCUAGGAAGUCAUUCACAAAAGUCUCCACAAUGGCUGGGGUGAU